CCUGUUGGCGCGCGCGGUGCUGCCGUUGCCCGGACGGACAGGCACCCCGAUCGAUCAGGCGCGGCACCCUCCGCGAACCCCUCCCCUCCCCCUCCCCCCCCACAAACCCCCCAUCCGCGCUGCUACACAUUCCAUUCCCUUCCCCCACUCAUUCCCAUCCCAGAUCUCCACCGACGCAGCACAGAGAUCGAGAGCGGAGCUCGCGGCAACCCGAACCGACGCAAUGGCGACGCUCACGGUCCCCGCCUCCGUCCCGCCCGUCGCCGAGGACUGCGAGCAACUCCACAAGGCAUUCGAAGGUUGGGGCACCAACGAGAAGCUCAUCAUCUCCGUCCUGGCCCACCGCGACGCCGCGCACCGCCGCGCGAUCCGCCGCGCAUACGCCGAGAAGUACGGCAAGGAGCUGCUCCGCGCCCUCGGCGACGAGAUCCACGGCAAGUUCGAGAGGGCGGUGAUCCUGUGGACGCUGGACCCCGCGGAGAGGGAUGCGGUACUGGCGAGCGAGGAGGCUAAGAAGUGGCACCCCGGCGGCCGCGCGCUGGUGGAGAUCGCGUGCGCACGCACGCCCGCGCAGCUCUUCGCGGCCAGGCAGGCGUACCACGACCGCUUCAAGCGCUCGCUCGAGGAGGACGUCGCCGCACACGUCACCGGCGACUUCCGCAAGCUUUUGGUGCCUCUUGUAAGUGCAUACCGCUAUGAUGGCCCAGAGGUGAACACUUCAUUGGCUCAUUCUGAAGCCAAAAUACUUCAUGAGAAUAUUCACAAGAAGGCUUACAGUGAUGAGGAGGUCAUCAGGAUUCUCACCACACGGAGCAAAGCUCAGCUACUUGCUACAUUCAAUAGCUACAAGGAUCAGUUUGAUCAUCCAAUCAACAAGGAUCUGAAAGCUGAUCCCAAGGAUGAGUUCCUUGCAACCCUGCGGGCUAUCAUUCGUUGCUUCACUUGCCCUGACAGAUACUUUGAGAAAGUCCUUCGGUUGGCUAUUGGAGGCAUGGGCACAGACGAGGAUGAUCUCACCAGGGUCAUAACUACUCGCGCCGAGGUCGACCUGAAGCUGAUAAAGGAGGCCUACCAGAAGAGGAACAGCGUGCCGCUGGAGCGUGCAGUUGCUAAAGAUACAACCAGAGACUAUGAGGAUAUUCUCCUCGCACUGCUAGGGGCAGAGUGAGGACUGAGGAGGCGUGUCUCAGCAUUCAGCACCAUUUCAUGUGUUCCUCCUUGUCUAAUGGGAAGAUGAAAGUUCAUAAAAUAAAGUUCUGAACGCAUGGUUCUGUUUCUGAACAAUAAGUUUGUGACCUAGCCUGCAUAUAUAGCAGUGCUCGUUAAAUAAAAGAUGUUUAGCUUUUCAAAAAAAUAAAAUAAAAGAUGUUUUCUUGAUA